UUAGACUAUUAGUAUUAGAACAAUUAAAAUUGAGUGAAAUUUUUCUCUGAAAAUCGUCCUUCCUAUAACCCUGCUUGCCAAAUUAUCAAAUAUUUGGCAAGCACUCGGGAUAUAACUACUGAAUAUUGUGGAUUGUUUUCACUUAUUGUAAGAAUACCAAUUAUAGUUGUGAAGAAAUGAAAAUUUUCGCGUUAUUAGUAGUGUUCGUUCAGUUGAUUUUUAUUUCAUAUUUAUAAUAAGAUAAUCUAUGAAAGUAAUAAGAUUAUUCCUCAAUUUUUACAGGUGUGUGAAAGAUAUGAAUGAGAGUGUUGGAUAUACUUUCAUUGCCCAAUGUUUACUUACGACACUUUUUACAGCAACAAUGGUAUUCAUUACUAUAACCGAAGAUCCGUAUGCAACGUUGAUGACGUUGGGUUGUUUUUUAUAUCUGUAUAUUUUUUGUCGCGUUGGGCAAUUUUUAGAAGAUGAGCAUGAAAAACUUGUGGAAAGUGUUAAAUUCUUACCUUGGUACAAAAUUCCACCACGGAUGCGACAAAACUAUAGGUUUUUUCUUGGAACUGUUCAAAUUCCGAUCCAUUUCAGAAUAAAACCUCUUCUCAAGGUCAACAAAGAAUAUUUACUUUUUAUUGUUCGUGGAUCUUAUAGUAUGGCUACAUUCAUGAUGAAUUUAGCCAGUAGGAAAUGAAACAAGAACUACAUGUCAAAGUGCCUUAUGUAGCAAAAAAACCUAACCUAACACUUCACAGAUCUACACGAAACAAGAAAUUUAAAAAAUUUAAAACCACAGUCUGCAAAUCGUUGUUAGAAUACUUGAUAGGGGAUGGUGGGCCAACUGAGACACCUUAAGUUCAAUUCUUCAAUAAUACGAAUAAAACAAUUAUUCAUUCUUCGUGAAAAUUAUCUUCUUAUGAUCCAUUAUGAUAAACGCAUAUUUUGUUUUUCUCUUCAUCUGAUUUUAAUGGUGGUUUGGCCGGUUAGUUUCUUUCUUAGAUUUUUUUUUCUCAUUCGAAGAUUUUGGUUCAGCCCUAUUAAAUAAUAAUAAUGAAGAACUUUUCUUGAAUAGAAAUUUGAUUACAGUUGUUUUAACAUUUAUAUGUAGAGGGCGAGGUUCAGUUCGUUCUGAGUAUUUCAUACCCCAAACCAGUGGCGUACCCAGACAUAAGCCUUAGGGGGAUAAAAAAAAAAGUUUUCUAAAGAAUUUUGCUUACUCAUAUCUAAUAAGAUAUAUGAUAUAUGAGGUUGAUACAUAUAAUGGAUAUUCCUCCUGGGGGGGGAUAUAUCCCCCUUAUCCCCCCCCCCCCCUUGGGUACGUCACUGUCCCAAACGUCUGUUCAACUAACCCUACAUGAACUCAAUAAUUACAUAUGACGCCAAAAAUAAAGAAAAUCAAUUUGAAAGGUGCAAAAGAGAAAACAGAAAGAAAACAAAAUUCAAAGUUCAGAAUUAUACCCAUAUCCUGGAAAUAUCAACGAAUUAUAUCCAGUUUUCAAUCUUUAUUUCCACCUACUUAUCCACUCAGAAUUUCCAGCACCAUCUUUCUGAAUUUUUUCUUAGAGUAAUAUUAAUCAAUGCUCGUGUAGUCUCCCUUUGACUGCUUUGUUUUUGCUUUUUUUUUCGAGUUGGUCUUUCUAGGGUAAAUAUUAGUGAUUUCUUUAGAACUCAAGAUUCACUUGCCCCAAUCUGAACUGAAAUUAAUGUUUUCAAAAAAAGUUGGAUGUUGUAUGAUGUACACCAUGAAAUAUAUAGGAUUUCCCUUCAUGCAAAUUAUGAAAAAUCUCUAUUUAAUUAAUUCAUCUGAAAUAUAACAGAGCAAGAGUUGUAUUACGAUUAAUUUCCAUAUUAACUAUUUUACUAUUUGUCAGUAGUUGAUACACUCGUGGACUGUAUUCAUUUUUGCCAGAUAUAAAGCCAGUCAUAAGAGAUAUUGCUAAAGACGCACUUGCUCCCUAUGGCUCACUUACCCAACUCUCCCCUAUAUUUGAUGUAAUUAACCACUAGAUAAUGUGGGUGGAUGUUCAUUAUCCAUGUCAUAUGCAACACUUAAUAUAUGUAUAAGAAAUCAUAGGUUACAAUUAAUAAUUCUUCACUCUCCCAUCAUUUUUGCACUUUUGAAUAUCAAAAUGACACUUCUAACAUAAACCAUUUCCUUUUUUUUAUUCGGUACAAUCGCGGACCUUAUAAAUAUAAAAAUGUAUCCUGAAAAAUCGAAAAAUAUGCGUGGGCACUCACAAGGGUGAAAGAUUGGAUAUGAACUAGAAUGGUUGAAGACAGGUUGGAUGUAUUGGCAUUAAUGCAUAUACAUAGAACCAUUUGCAGCAGUCUUAAUGUUGAAAGAUACGAUAGUCAAAAAAAUACGAGACUAGA